UGCUCAUCAGUCUUCUUAACCAAUUGAAUUUCCUUGUCAAUUGCAUUUAGUUUCGAAUGGCUAAUUCAGCUCAACAAGUGAACACAAAUGACUUGGUGCAAGCUCAGUCUCAUGUUUUCAACCAUAUCUGUGCUUUUCUAAGUUCCAUGUCUUUGAAAUGUGCUGUUGAAUUAGGCAUUCCAGAUAUCAUCCAAAAGCAUGGUAAACCAAUUGCCCUUAUUGAACUAGCCGAAGCACUCUCUUUACCGCCAUCAAGAACCGAGGCUGUGUAUCGCCUCAUGCGUCUCUUGGUGAACUCGGGCAUCUUUGCUACACAAAAAACCGGUGAAAAUCAAGAAGAGGAAGGAUAUGUUCUGACACUGUCCUCUAGUUUCUUGACAACAGAUACAGAAUACACCUUGGCGCCUUUUGUAGUCAAUCUUCUGAAUCCUGCACAGGUGAAACCUGGCCAUAUCUUUAGUGAAUGGUAUCGCGGAACAGCACCUACAGCGUUCGAGGCUGAUCAAGGCAUGCCAUUUUGGAACUACUUGGCACAAAACCCCGAAUAUGAAAAGAGAUUUGGCGCAACUAUGGCUAAAAACUCCCAUUUGGUCAUGACUUCAAUUGUCAGAGAGCAUAAGGAAGUGCUUGAGAACUUGAAUUCUUUGGUUGAUGUUGGAGGUGGCACUGGAACUUGUGCUAGAGUCAUUGCUGAUGCAUUCCCACAGUUGAAGUGUAUGGUUCUUGAUCUGCCAACAUUGAUUGCAAACAUUCCAGGGACUGACAACUUGGAAUUCAUUGGGGGUAACAUGUUCGAGUCCAUUCCUCCGGCUGAUGCAGUUUUAUUAAAGAAUACUCUGCAUAACUGGGGGGAUGAGGAAGCCUUAAUGAUAAUGAAGAGCUGCAGAAAAGCCAUUACAACAAAAGUGAUUAUAAUUGACAUUGUGGUGAAAGAAGGAAAGAAGCAAGAAAAUGAUGAUUUCUCAAAAACCCAACUUUACUUUGACAUGUUGAUGAUGAGUACUCACAAUGGUAAAGAAAGAACUGAGAAAGAAUGGGAGAAACUCUUCAUUGAUGCUGGUUUUACGCACUACAAGAUCACUCCUCUAAUGGGUUUUAGUUCCCUCAUUGAGGUUUUCCCUUAAAUUGACUUUGUGUACUGUGUUUGUGUUGUGCUUUUCUUAUCAUAUUCGUGUUGUAACCUGUUCACGGAACCUGUAAUAAAUAGCCAACUCUCCUCAUAAAAGUAUUAACGCACAUAGCUGCGCGGAUUAGUGUAUGGUUUCUUACAUCAUAAAAUGUCAUAUUUAUCUCGUCAAGUUGUAGUGGCACAAUCCAUGUUGAAAAGAAAAUAAGUUUGAAUAGAAUUUGGCUUGUUGAUGCAUA